CAUCCCCUCUCUCCUGAGGGAGACACAGCGUAAUCGAGUAGAGUAAUAGCUCAAUAAUUUUUUUUUUUUUCGUUCUAUUUUUUGUUUUUGGAAUUAGUAAUCGAAAUAAAAUUUUGCCUCUAUGGCUUCGGCGACCGCAUCGAUCUCUGCGACUUCGAUCGUUCCUCGCGAUCUCAAGGCGGUCCAGAUCGCGGCGGUGAGGCAUCUGGAGCCGUCGAUCUCGACGUCGACGGCGAGCAACGCCCCCUCGAGGCGGCGGUGGGCGGCGGCGCGGCCGCUCCGGGCGGUGGAGCCCGGGAGGAGGGGCGAGGCGGUGGCAGCGCCCGCCGCGGCGGCGGCGGCGGGGGCGGUGGUGGAGGGGGAGAAGAGGAGGGAGGAGGUGGAUGAGGUUGUGGAUUAUGAGAAGUUAGCGGCGGAGUUGGAGAACGCGUCGCCGCUCGAGAUUAUUGAUAAGGCGCUCGAGAGGUUCGGCAACGACAUCGCCAUUGCGUUCAGUGGGGCAGAGGAUGUUGCAUUGAUUGAAUACGCCCACCUGACGGGCCGGCCCUUCAGAGUGUUCAGCCUUGACACAGGGCGGCUCAAUCCUGAGACCUACAGGUUCUUUGAUGAGGUAGAGAAGCAUUAUGGCAUCCGCAUCGAGUACAUGUUCCCUGAUGCAGUGGAAGUUCAGGCCCUUGUUAGGAGCAAAGGUUUGUUUUCCUUCUAUGAGGAUGGGCACCAAGAGUGCUGCAGAGUUAGGAAGGUUAGGCCUUUACGAAGGGCGCUAAGUGGCCUUAAGGCUUGGAUCACUGGGCAGAGGAAGGAUCAGUCCCCUGGCACCAGAGCUCAUAUCCCUGUUGUCCAGGUGGAUCCUUCUUUUGAAGGAAUGGAUGGCGGUAUUGGGAGCUUGGUUAAGUGGAACCCUGUUGCCAAUGUAGAAGGCAAGGAUAUCUGGAACUUUCUCAGGACUAUGGAAGUUCCUGUCAACUCUUUACAUUCACAAGGUUACGUGUCAAUCGGCUGCGAACCAUGCACACGACCUGUCCUGCCAGGGCAGCAUGAGAGGGAAGGAAGGUGGUGGUGGGAGGAUGCCAAGGCCAAAGAAUGCGGGCUUCACAAGGGCAACAUUGCGCAAGAAGCAGAUAUGUUGGGGACUAAUGCUAACGGGGCCACAGCCAUUAGCUCCGUGAACGGAACACCUGACAUCUUUGAAACCGAAGCCAUUAUUAACCUAAGUAGGCCCGGGAUUGAGAACUUGCUGAGGCUGGAAAGUAGGGCGGACCCGUGGAUUGUUGUUCUGUAUGCACCUUGGUGCCAGUUCUGCCAGGGAAUGGAAGCUUCAUACAUGGAAUUAGCCGAGAAGCUAUCUGGUUCUGGCGUGAAGGUCGGGAAAUUCCAGGCUGACGGUGAGCAGAAGCCAUUUGCGCAGGAAGAGCUUCAGCUCGGGAGUUUCCCCACCAUCCUCUUCUUCCCCACGCACUCGUCGAGGCCCAUCAAGUACCCUUCGGAGAGGAGGGAUGUGGAUUCACUGCUUGCAUUUGUGAAUGCCCUCAGGUGAUAUGUAGAUAGCUUGGACAAAAAGCAGCUUCUGCUUCCUGAAUGCAACUAGUAUGUAGAUUGUAGGUGAAUGUAUCCCAAUUUUGGAAGCCGAAGGUUGAUCGAAUCAUAUUAGGAGUUGAAGAUUGGUAGGGUUUUAUGGGUUUGAUGUGGAUCAUGUGUUGUGUGUUUACAGGGUGUCUGUCUUAGUUCUUACGGUGGUUAGUUUUAGUAAUAGCCUAAUCGGAGGAGGUUGUUAUAUGUGAAUCUGGAGGUGGUGUGAUCUUUCCCGAGAUCUCUCCUAGUCUACUUGGUGAGGAAAUUAUAUGAAUAAAAAAUAAAUCCUUAAUUAUUUCCAUGCCUU